AGAUCUUUUUGUCUGAGAACUGGAUCCCGCUGCCGCUCUACAGUGUGUGCGAUUGCUUGGAGCUGCGUCCGUAACACACUGUCAAACCACUCCAAACGAACACAUUUGCUACCAAAACUAUUCAUUUAGUAUCUGUUACAAUGGCAUUUUUAGUUUGCCGCUGAACUCGUUCGUUAUUUUGAUUGUUUAUUAGAACUUACUGAAUCGGCUUGGUUUUUGUGUAUAGCUGUGCAUCAGGCUUUAUUAGCGAGCUGGCGCUCUUCUUGCUAUUAGCUAUUUCUUUAACUUUUUUAAACACUCAGCUUCGCGAAUGACUGAGCGCCGGCGGAGUAUGGGAUCCUUGGUGUCUUAGGAAGCGAGUGAGUGGGGUUUUAACCGUUUUUACAUGCAAAAACAAUGGCAAAUUCGACGGGAAAAAAUUUACUAGAUCAGCGAAGGAAAGGACUGGCUUUCCUAGACGAGCUGCGGCAAUUUCACCAAAGCAGAGGAUCGCCGUUCAAGAAGAUUCCUAUCGUGGGUGGGAAAGAGCUGGAUCUUAAUGCUCUCUAUAUCAGAGUCAUUUCGUUAGGUGGAUUUGCUAAGGUUUCUGACAAGAAUCAGUGGUCUGAGCUGGGUGAAGAUUUUAACUUUCCAAGGAGUUGUUCAAACGCUGCAUUUGUUUUAAAACAGUACUACCUUCGAUAUUUAGAAAAGUAUGAAAAAGUCCAUCACUUUGGAGAGGAUGAUGAAGAGGUACAGCCUGGGAACCCGAAACCAUCUCUUCCAAUUGGUGCAAUCCCCUGCUCUUACAACUACCAGCAACACACUGUAUCAGACUAUCUCCGCCAAAGCUAUGGGCUGUCCAUGGAGUUCACUCCACCAUGUGACUACAACAAACUGGUGCUUUCCCUCCUGUCGGGCUUGCCCAAUGAAGUGGACUUCGCGAUCAAUGUUUGUACUCUCCUUUCCAAUGAGAGCAAACAUGCCAUGCAGCUGGAGAAGGACCCGAAACUCAUCACGUUGCUGUUGGCCCACGCAGGUGUCUUUGAUGACUCACUAGGCAGCUUCUCCUCUGUGUUUGGAAUGGACUGGAAGGAGCAAACCUCCCGGGACUUUGUGAAGUUUUGGAAGGAUGUGGUAGAGGACUCUGAAGUAAGGGACCUCAUCUGGGACAAGACCACCCAGACACAAGAUGGUACGACGGGGGACGAGCACUGGGGCAGCCUUUUUCACCCGCCGCGCAACCUGGGCAUCGGUGACAUUGAAGGCCAGCGGGUCCAGCAGGUGGGCGUCAUCCUCCGCAACCUCUCCUUCGAGGAGGCCAACGUCAAACUGCUGGCUGCUAACCGAACCUGCCUGCGCUUCCUCUUGCUGUGCGCCCACUGCCACUUCAUCUCUCUACGACAGCUGGGACUGGACACAUUAGGCAACGUGGCCGGAGAGCUUCAGUUGGAUCCAGUUGACUUUCGAACAACUCAUUUAAUGUUUCACACCAUCACCAAAUGCUUGAUGUCAAGGGACAGGUUCCUGAAGAUGAGGGCCAUGGAGAUACUGGGCAAUCUGAGUAAGGCAGAGGACAACAGCGUUCUGAUCUGUGAGUAUGUAGACCAGGAAUCGUACCGGGAGGUGAUCAGCCUGCUGUCGCUGCCCGACCUCAUGCUCCUCAUGUCCUCCCUGGAGGUCCUCUACCUGCUGGCCCAGCUGGGGGAGAUCCCAUGCAGCAAGAUCGCCUCCAUUGACAGGAGCAUAGAUCUGCUGGUUCGGCUGGUGUCCGUGGACCUGCACACGUUUGGCCCUGAUGCGCUGACGGCCGUGAGGCUGAUGGAGCACCAGGCUGCCGGGCAGAGCCAGGUGUCUGAGGUGCGGCCUCAACUGGUGGAACAGCUGCCUGCUCCCCUGCAGGGCGGGCCCGGGUCAGCAGCAAGAGUCCCUGCCCAGUCCACUCCUCCUCCACCUGGUAUUGUUGAGCUAGAUGGGGAGAAGUUUACAGUGCAGUGGCUGAAUGCCCACUUCGAGACGAGCGCGGAGGGCUCCGUCUCCCGCUCAGAGAUGUACUCCGAGUACCUUGCCGCCUGCAGCAAGAUGGGACGUGCUGGCGUCCUGGCCUCCCAAGGCUUCCUCAAAUGUCUACGGACCAUCUUCCCAAACCACACAGUAAAGCGGCUGGAGGACACGAAGCCCAACGCACAGGCUCACAUACAUGUGGUGGGGGUCAAACGGCGGUCCAUCCCCCUGCCCAUCCAGCUGUACUACCAGCAGCAGGCGAGCCCGUCAUUGGGGUCCAAGCACGAAGUCCCAGUUGACCAGCCCCCAACACCCUCAGGCAUUGUCCCUGGGCACGCUGGGUUGGCCCGUCCUCCAGUCCCCAGCCUUACUUCGAACCCGGCCGCACCACCGGUGGCAUUCACCACGCAGGACGCCGUAGCCCACCCCCACACAUUUCAGACUGUUCCCCGGCCCGCCCUCCAACCCCAGGCCACGUCGCCGCAACAACCCCACACCGCUCCGCAGUCCCGGCCCGGCGACAUCCUGAAAACGGCCAUGGUCCAGAGCUCCAUCCCCACCUCUGGAGCGGUCAUCCAGAACCACAGCCCUAAUAUGACCCAACCGCUCCACCAUCAACAAGUCAUGGCCCCCACUGGGACCCCCGUCACACUGUUCCAACCCGUACCGCAGGGACACAUCUUCACGGCGCGGGUUCAGGGCGUGACUCUGCCACACACACCCCCCUCCACGGUAUCCCAGGGUCCCCAACAGGACACGGCGGUGUUCUCGGCACCCCAGCACUACGCCGCCGUGUCCGCCACCUGCUCCUCGAUACAGAACUUCCAGGUGAGCGGGGGCCAGGUGUUCACCAUUGCCGGUGUGCCCAAUGCCCAGGGUUCUCGUGUCACCUUCCAGAACAUUGCCCCCAAGCCCGCCCCCUCGCAGGCCAGUGCGCCGCCUACAACCGCUCAUAACCAGCAGCAGUCUAGCGUGGUCAUCGUCAGCCCCAACCCCCAGCAGAACCAGGCAUAUGCCCCGGCCAUCCAUCAAAUCGUGCUGGCCAACCCCUCCUCCAUUCCUGGCGGCCAGGCCAUGCAACUGGCAGGACAGCCUCCCGCCCCUUCCAAUCCCUCGCCCUGUCCCCCCGCCUCCGCUCCACUGUCCCAGGGCCUGCCGUCUCCUUCCAACCCCCAGCCCCAAAUGCAGGGCCCUGCUACAGUCAGCCAGAUGCUGUCGGUCAAACGGCAACAGUUCAACCCCCAGCAGCAGUUCCAGAUUCAGCCCCAACCGCUGUCUCAGCAGCAGCCCUCCCCCCACCCUACCUCCGCCGAGUCCAGCCUGAUCAAACAGUUACUGCUUCCAAAGCGGCCCUCCACGCCCGGCGGAAAGCUGAUCCUGCCCGCGCCUCAGGUGCUGCCUCCACCUUGCAGCACGCACGCCCCCGGCCAGCAGGUGCUCUACCAGGUCGCUCCACCAGGCCAGCCUCAGCCACUCAAUGUACAGCUGGUUCCCGGCCAGCUCCAGUCCCCCGGGGGGGCUCUCCAGACGGUGCAGCUCAUUUCCACCAGCAGCCCAGCAGCCAUUAUCCAGGGCCCGGCGUCCGGUGGCCAGGUCACCUUCACCGUGGUGCCCAACACGGGCUUCACCACUUCCGCCUCUGCGGCCGCCGCCCAGGUCAGCCAGGGAGCCGCUGCGCCAGGCCUGCCGGCGGUCCAGACGGGCAACACCCUCCACGGCCCGCCGGCGCCCUUCAGGGGGGACAAGAUCAUCUGCCAGAAGGAGGAGGAGGCCAAGGAUGCUACGGGUCUACACAUCCACGAACGCAAGAUCGAGGUGAUGGAGAACUCCUCUCUGGCUGACGGCGCCGUCACCAAAACCAGCAAUGGGGACCUGGUAGGGGGCAAUGCCCCAGGGGCCAAGCUGCUUAACGGAAGGAAGUGCAUGGACUCCAGUCUACCUCCGUACCACUCAGGGAACAGCCAAGGGGCCAGCGCCAAUGGGCCGGUCAGCGAGAGCUGCCCAACUAAUGGAAAGCAGGCCUCUGGCCUGGCUAACCCACAGGAGGGCCACGUUGACCCCAAAAAGGCUCUCGUCAACGGGGUCUGUGACUUUGAGAAAGGGGACAACUCCCCUGGUGCCCACUUAAGCAAAAACAUUCCAAAUCACAUCGCUUCCAAACACUUGGGAAACGGGGAGGUGGGUCCUCCUCAAAAACUGCAUGGGACUCCCCUGGAGCCCUCUGCCCCCCAACAGGACACUGCCAAAGCUGAGCAGGCAGAGCGCCUGGCCAAUGGGCCUCAGACAACAGGCCCCUUCUCUAAUGGACCUAUGGGGCCGGGGCCUAACUAUGCCCUGCCUGCUCUCAGGCAGCAGCUGUUCCCCACUGUCACUGUAAACUCCCAGAGCUCCACGGGGCCCGGGACCCUCCCGGCCAAUGGCGUGAGCGGCGAGAGCCGCGCGCUCAAGAGGCCGGCUGAGGACGACCGGGGGUCUGGGAUCCCGAGCAAGGUGGGCGUGAGAAUCAUCACCAUCAGCGACCCCAACAAGGCAGGCUGCAGUGCCACUAUGGUGGCGGUGCCCGCUGGGGCUGACCCAAGCACAGUAGCCAAAGUAGCAAUAGAAAACGCCACACAGCAGAGGAACUGCUCGCCUAUACAGGCAACUAGCUCUACGCCUGGUUUUAUGCCGCCUCCUCCCCCGGUGGCUCAGCCUGCUCAGGGUGUAAGCGCCAGCCCGGACACCCCACUCUCUGGUCCUGAAGCUGUGGUUGUGCCCCCGGAGCAGAUGAGGAAAGCAGGACAGAACUUCAAGUGUCUGUGGCAAUCCUGUAAACGGUGGUUUGAGACGCCGUCUCAGGUGUUCUACCAUGCAGCCACACAGCAUGGUGGCAAAGAAGUGUACCCAGGCCAGUGCCUCUGGGAAGGGUGUGAACCUUUUCCUCGGCAGAGACUCUCCUUCAUUACCCAUCUACAGGAUAAGCACUGUUCUCGAGACGCCCUGUUGGCCGCACUAAAACUCGAGCAGGAGCAGACGCA